AUGGGGCAAGAACACUGUCUUCUAGAGCUGGCUUUGCCGUCUCUCUUCGACUCAGGCCGUCCCUCUCAAGACGGCGAUGGGAAGAAAACGCGCCCCCCGCGGUCGAAGCCGUCCGCCGGAGCGACCGGGUCCCGGAUACCUGUCUGGAUAUCCAAACGAGACCUUCACGAUGCCAGUUCUUCCUCGGGAACGUCGAGCGAGCAGAGCCCCGACAAAAGGUCGCCUCGAAGGCAAGGGUGCGUCCCCUGGCUUUCGAGAUCCGGGGGCCUCGCAUCCCCGCAUAGGCCUAGCUUUAUAUUGGAACGGGACUGGCUCGAGGCCGGCUCAUCGUCGGGCGUCGUCAAGAGGAGUCCCGUGAAGAGGCUGGCACCCGGCACGAGACCCGCCAAGGUGGCGCGAAUGCGGGAAAGGACGCCCGCCGUGACCGCCGUCGUUUCGGGCAUCCCUCGCCGCCGGCGCUCGUCGGACGACCUGUCCCGCCAGAGUAAAGCCCUGGCACAACUGAGCAUCAGCGACAUCGAUAGCGAGGACGAAAGCGCGAGGGCUGAUGCCGACGACAUGGAGGUUGACCCGACGUCGCGUAGCAAUCCUGGUCAGCAGUCCGCAGAGGACUCUUCCUCGUAGCGACCGUGUGGAGUUGCCCGACCCCUCCACUCAAAUGGAGCUCUCCAUUCUUACACUCUAAGCGACAAAAUCUAGUAUUUGGGGAGUAUUUCUGCCACACAGCUGUAAUCGUCAUCUGGUAUGCUCGCGUUUCCUUUCUUGAAAGCCCAGUUCUCAUCUAUUUCCAAUCAAGUAUGCCGUGUCACGUUGAUAGCGCGCACGCCUUUCGUGACCGGGAAGCGCCGGGACCGCGGGGAUAAUG